CACAGGAUGCAGUACACGGCGCAUCACAGCAUCUCAUGACCCUGCCUUCUGACCCCAUGGCUUCCUCCAGGGUGCACCCGCCCUCCUUCCCCAUCUGUAGCAAAGCUCCUCUGACUCCUCCUCUCCUUGAGCCUGCUCACUUGGGCUUGGUUCUCACACAAGCAGAUCCUGCCUCUUCCCUUGUCUCUAAUGGCCUCCCGUUGGCCACUUUCAGCCUCAUGGCACCUGACCAUGAAACUGCUGCUCUUCCCUCUGCAGCAUUUUGCUGUGAACACAUGCAGACAUUCAGGAAGCUGUCAGAGCUGCAGAGAACCCUGGGCACCCAUGGCUCACCAUCUACGGUGGUCACCUGCACUCCCGGUGCCCGGCGGCCAGGUGGUUUGUGUAGCAUCAGGCUGCGUUUCCACCUCAGGGCACUUUCGGCUGUCAGAAAACUCUCCAUCCUGGUGCUGGACAGCUGGUGCCUGGGAAGGGGCUGCUGCUUACAGGUUUCUUUAGGCCCCCAGAGUAUAUGGAUCCCAUGGGAAUGUCACAACUUUUUAACGUGAACAGCAACACUGGAAAAACUACCUCUUAGAAGUUAUUACAACAGCCAUUUGAGGAAAGUGAUUUGUAAUGUAGAAAGUUGAAGCUUAGGCAAUUUAAGCAGCUUGCGGUAUCUACCUGGUAGGUUUGCCUGCAGUGAGAUUUCAUUCUUCACACUGAAAGGACAUCUUUUCUGAGCUGCUGUGAUUGAAUCUGGAAUGACACUGUAUAUUUUCAACUAACAGAGAGCUAGCUGGGUCUUGAAUAAGGAUAGCUGCUCUGGAUGACUUCAGAACAUUGCUUACCAUGCAUCAAACAGGAGUCAGAAUCCUCACAGACUGAAGCAGACUGGCCUUGACCAGAUCUGGGAUGACUUCAGAGCUGGGAUUGAGCAAAUGAACACCAGACAAAGCCAAGUCUCAAUUCAUGGAACUCCACGUAUAGCCUCCUGCUGGAGCUGAGAUCCAUUUGUUUAGAAUUUUGAUUAUCUACUAUUUGGAUCUUUGAAUUAUUAGAAAUUUUACCUUGUGCUUUCUCUUCCCGGUCCAUCCUAUAUAAUAAUCACCAACUUUGGAGGAAAAAGAAAAUUCUCCAUUCUAUAUCAUUGCUGGGACACAAGGUGAAAGAGGCCAAGCAUGUGACUGGACAUAGACAACUGGCAGGUUUUAUAAGUAGCUGAGUAAUGUACCUGUUUUAGCAAUUGUUUUCUGUUCAACUUGUACAAACAAUAAUUCCCUAGUAAUUGUUUUAAAUUUCAGAUAAUGUAAAGAAGAGCAAAACAUCUGAGCUUACAAAGACCAGCCAUGGCUUUAUAGCACAGACCAUAACCCUGAAAUCUGACUCUUGGAACAGAGGUUCGUAGAAUCCUACCCCAAAUUGCCCAGUAAUCCCCUUUCAUUACAGUACCAGAUGACCUGAGGAAAUCUAGUCUGAUUCAUAGAACUAAGCCAUUCUCCUUGCAGCUACACGAUGACAGGUGAAAAGUACCCAUCAAUGACAGGUGUUGCUCUAGGGACCAGAAUGUCCCCAGAUGACAGGAUCUCUAUGGGGAUCAGGAUGUACCCAGAUGACAGCCACUGUUCUAGGGAUCAGUAUAUCCCCAGAUGACAGAUGUCAUUAUAGAAACCAGUAUAACUAUUGAGCAAGAGAUGACUUUGAGGAUUGGAGGUAGAUUAAAAAAAAGGCAGGAUUGGGAUCCUGGCUCAGCGGUAGAGUGCUUGCCUAGCAUGUGCGAGGCCCUGGGUUCGAUCCUCAGCACCACAUAAAAAUAAAUAAAUAAAGGUAUUGUGUCCAACUACAACUAAAAAAUAAAAAAAAUAUAUUUAAAAAAUAAAAAAAGGCAUCAGAGAUUGUUGGGAACUAAAAUUGUAUUUGUUUAUACAGCCUGUGCAAUAUAGCCUUAGUAUAUUUAAGAAAUUAAGAAUAUAUUCUUAAAGGUAUUUUUUGUCUUCUAUUCUCUUUGUAAUAGCAGUGUGAUUAACACAUGUUAGUUGAGAAAUUCAGCUAAAAUGAGAUUUUUGAGCACUUGUCUUCUUUCCAUGUCAGCAGUGAUUCCGCACAGACCUGCUCUUGUUCAAGUGAUUCUAAUCGCGUGUAUAGCCUUCAGCAUUGCUCUGGUAUGUGGGAUCAUGGUCUCCUAUAUGAUACAUAGGCUGGUAAAGGCUGAGGAGAAGCAGCAGCUUGCGGAGCUUUAUGAAAACAUUGAGAUACCAUAUGAGGAAGUUUCUGAGGAUGAGUCCACCAGCCUGCUUCCAGAGAACGAGAAGGAGCUGGGGAAGUUCAUCCGUUCAGUUAUCAAAUUGAAAAGGAGGGAAAAUAUUGAAAAGAAGAAAUUGAGGGAAGAGCAAAAGUUAAUGAAAGAAAAGAUAAAGGAUGCCAUGUACGGUGCAAAAAUGGAGAAUCUGUGAAAGCAAGUGGGAGAUGCAGGCUGACAAGACCACAUGGCAGCGGUGGCUGAGGACGCAGCACGACCUGCUCCGAGAGCCCGGAGAAGAGCACUCCAGAGAAAGCAGCAUCGGA